GUUUUUCUGCCUAACUUGGAGAAACUGCAUCUCAGGAGAAUCAGUGUGGUGCACAUAGUAGACUACCAAAUGCAAGGUGGGUCCUUCCACAAACCAAGAGGCUUGGAUGUGUCGUAUUGUGAAAAGGUUUUCAAUGUUGUUGCACCUGGUCAGCAAAAAUUAUUUCCAAAUCUCCAACAACUUCAUGUCAAUGGUUGUUGCGAACUGGAAGCAGUGUUUAACUUCGAGGGGUUAACAGCUCGGAGAGAUCAUGCAGAAGUCACACUUGGUCAGUUGAUGUUAUUGGAAUUAGGUGAUUUACCUAAGUUAAUGCAUGUAUGGAGGAUGGUUCCCAAAAACCUUCAAGGUUUUCAGAAUUUGACAAGCAUUGAUAUUUCAAACUGUGAGAGCUUGAGAUACAUAUUAUCACCUACUAUCGCGAAAUUGCUUGGGAAUCUAAUGUUGCUACAGGUUCAUAAGUGCAAGAUGAUUGAAGAAAUUAUUGACACGGAAGAAGAUCUUUUGAAGAUCAAGAUUUUAGACGAGAUUGUUACUACAAAGGAGGAAGAACAAAUGAUAGGGGACACAAUUUUGUUUCCACAAUUGAAAGAGAUAUCGCUUGCAAAUCUAGAAAACCUCAAUUGCUUUUGCUCUGGAAACUGUGAAUUUCAAUUUCCGUCAUUGAAUAAACUGGUAAUCAGCGGCUGUCCAAACAUGAAGACUUUCAGCUCUGGACCACUAAGCACAGGAAAGCUAGGAGAAGGAAAUAUAUCCAUUGGCGGACAAGAAUUUUGGAUGGGUGAUCUUAACACAACCAUACAAAAUGCAAGCGAACUCCUCAAACAGAAGAUUAUUAUGAACAAGAUGAAGAUGAUGAUGAUGACAAAGCAAAUAGAAGCAGCAGAAGAUGAUGAAGAUGAUGAGCGUGUCAAGCAAAUAGAAAGAGAUGAUGAAUAA